GGUCUACAACCAGGAAGAAAAUAUUAAAAUGUUAAAUAUUGGUUACUAAAAAUAAUAAGUGAAGCUUGGGGCAGCCUGUCUUUUUUUCACAGGAAAAGGCCCUGCUCCUACCAUAACUUUUACCCUCCCAUGCUAGUCCAUAAACUCUGUUCCUGUCCCGGUGCUUUUACUGAUAAAGUUUGAAUUUGAACCCCUGCUAACAUCAUGGCGGCGGAUCAAACUAUGCACGGAGUUCCCCCUUCAUUGUCUGCCAGAGUGGUUGGGUCAUUUGCUUAUUUGACCGUAAGAGACAGAUUACCCACCAUCCUGACCAAAGUUAUAGACACAAUUCAUCGCAAUAAAAACAAGUUUUUUGAAGAAUAUGGAGAGGAAGGUAUCCAGGCAGAGAAGCAAGCUAUAUCUCUGCUGUCUAAGUUGAGGAAUGAGCUGCAAACUGAUAAGCCGGUGCUAGCACUGACAGACGGCCUAGUGGACACAGAGCCAUGGAACCAGUACCUACACAGGCAACAGAGACUGCAAGGGGACCAGGAGCCUGUCAGCUGGUUCAAGUCUCCCUGGCUUUACGUGGAGUGCUACAUGUACCGUAGGAUACAUGAGGCCCUCUUGCUCAAUCCUCCCAUCAGUGACUUCGAUGUCUUUAAUGAGGGAAAGACUCAGAGCUUUUUUGAGUCUUCACAGGCUGUGAUGGCUUUAUGUACCUACUUGGAGGGCAUCAAAAAGAACGUAGAGGAGCUGUCUGAGAGUCAGCUGUUUGAGCUUUUCAGCAAACUAGUACAGGUAUCGCUGUGGGGAAACAAGUGUGAUCUGUCUAUAUCUGCUGGCCAAGAAAACUCCCAGAAGGCGAGUCCACUAGAUUCCCUCAACAGCCUGCAGACCUUCAUCUUAGUGGAUGACACCAAAAGGGUAUGGUCAACUCUACUAUCUGCGCAGAAGCUGGGACAGUCAGGGAAAACCACUGCGGACAGAGUGGAUAUUGUACUAGACAAUGCUGGCUUUGAGUUGGUCACUGACUUGGUCUUAGCUGACUUCCUGGUUUCCUCUGGCCUUGCACGUCAGAUCCAUUUUCAUGGCAAAACCAUUCCGUGGUUUGUCUCUGAUGUCACGGCUAAAGAUUUUCAGUGGACCAUCCGGCAGACUAUGGCGUCCAAUCACAAGUGGGGUUCCAAGUGUGGGGUUCAGUGGCAGGGGUAUCUGAAAGAUGGCUUGUGGCGCUAUCACGACCAUCCUUUCUGGACACAGCCCCAUGAGUUCUGUGACAUGGCACCUGAUGCUCCUGACCUGUAUGCAACCCUGCAGGGGGCAGACCUGGUGCUGUUUAAAGGUGAUCUCAACUACAGGAAGCUGACUGGGGACAGGGACUGGGAGCACACAGUGAGCUUUGAUACUGCACUGCGAGGUUUUGGGCCUGCACCACUGUGCAGCCUGAGGACUCUCAAGGCUAAUGUUCAGGUUGGUCUGCAGCCAGGACAAGGGGAGAAGCUUACCUCCCAAGAUCCAAGCUGGAUGACCAACGGCAAGUACGCUGUCAUUCAGUUCCACAACCCAAAGUCAGACUAGCAAGACUCACAUCGAGAUCUCAUUUUGACAACGUGGGUUUAAAAAGAAGCUUCAUAAGCAGGAGGUACCUUUAAGCCAUUAGACUACUUAAGUUAAGGGAUAUUUUGUUAAAUGCUGUUUACUACCAUUUCAUCAAGUUUGAUUCAGGAAUGCACAAUAAUUUUCAAUAAUUUUCCAAACAUUUACACCAUCUGAUAUCAAAAUGUUAGCACUUUUAGAUUGUAUUGUUUCAUGUUUAAUCUUAACAGUUGUUUAUCCUCAAAGCAAGCAUCACAGCUUGCGUUUGAUCCCAAAAGCUAAUGUGUUGUACACCCUGAAUUUAGUUAUGCUGUUUACAGGUUAAUGCUGUGAGGGAAAAUUGAAAAUGAGUACUAUAGCAGCAACAUUUUUGCAUGCAGUUGCAGAGAAUAAUGAUAAAUGUAAUUUGUAUUUAUUUUUUUCUUGAUUCAGCUCAGGUUGUUUUACUUUUUUGCUAUGUGUGAUUACAAACAGGUAAAUUCACCCAAAGCAGAUCAUAACAAAAACAUUUUUUUGACAGAUACUACCUUGUUGUUGUUGGAGCAGUGUAAAAAUAAGUGGCAUGUGCUUGUUUUUCUUAAAAUGGGAACCCAGACCCCUAUCUCCAUAGAUAAAAGUGGAUGUCUCUGUGCACACUGUUAUGUCGUUUGUCAGUACUCAACAGGUGAUGUUUAUUGGAUUCUUCACAGUGCUGCUGGGUGAAAAUAUUUUGAUUAAUUGUUUUGAUUUAAUAAAUCGCUACUAUGACCA